CAUCUGUGCUUGUAGAAGCGAGUGAAGUUUUCUUCAUCGACCUUUUCUAGUCCGUCGUUUCUCGCUCGUUCUUAUGGUACUACCGAACUGGAUGGCUUAUCCUAUGGCACAGUCGUCGACAUGGUUUCUGUCAGCACGUUACUGAUUGAUGAGGCACAGCAGAGACGGAGCAGGCAGUACCGAUCGAAAAGUAAGAAAAGGAUCCAAGAGAACAUCCUGCUCCCCGACAUCAGAACAGUCACACAAGAAUCGAGCCAUUUCAAUCCCAGCAGGUCUACACAACGAGACUGGAAACAAGCCCAGGAGGACAGGGAUGGUGCAGUUGGCAGCUCCGGGAGAGCACCACGUGGCCGCUUGUGACAGAUCCACGACGAUCGUCUCGCUCUCUGCCACACAUCUCUCUGAAAAGCGAAGGAUUGCCUUGUGCAGUCAGCGUGAGCACUAUCUUCGGCAUCAAGCAACGAGAUGGUCACAUCGGUGAACAUUCUUCGCCUGUGUACACAUCGUGGUGCUGCUUCUGCAAAACUGUUUUCUCACGGAGCUCGGACGCAGGACGGUCAGGAAGAGAGAGAGCUUGAGAAGGGCAAGCGUGUAAAACAGUCAUCUCCCUCUUUGCCGAUUUGUAGGGCAGAUUCAUGGGUUCAGUCAUCGGGAAAAUUGACGUCGAAGUUCCCAAGCACAGAGUGAUUGAGAAAGGAGAAAAUUAUGAAAUCCGAGAGUAUCCGGAAUGUUUAGCUGCGGAAGUCACGUACGACCCCACGACCUUGAAGCAGGGCAGAGAUGGUGGGUUCAUGAUUCUUGCAGGCUAUAUUGGUGCAGUGGGAAAGCCGAACAACACCAAGGUAUCAGAUCAAGGAGUUGUAGAAGGGGAGAAAAUUGCUAUGACCGCUCCAGUUAUCACUCAAGAAACCCAGGGAGAGCCUGAGAAGAUUGCCAUGACAGCACCUGUCAUCACUCAAGAGACUCAAGCCGGCGAAGCCGAUCAACAGAAGAAGCUCGUGACCAUGCAGUUCCUUCUGCCCGCUCAAUACAGAAUGGACAAUGUUCCCAAGCCUACCGAUGACAGAGUUUCUGUCAAGGAGGUUCCUGCGAGAAAGUACGGGGUUCUGACCUUCUCAGGAGUUGCAGAUGACACUCUUUCGCAGCAGAUGCUCGGCAAGUUGACCAGUGCUUUGCAGGAGAAGGGCUACAAGAUCACCGGCCCCCAUAUCCUUGCGAGGUAUAAUCCCCCGUGGACGCUCGGAUUCCUGCGCACGAAUGAGGUUAUGCUCCCCGUGGAGUAGACGCCACCAGCUAUUGCUGAUCACGUUUCGAGGAGUUCCAUCUCCAAUCAUAAAGCUGUGCAAUGCUCAAUUUGUAUCAACUCCAAGACGUGGACAACAUGCCAGUGCUUCUGGAUACUCUGAUCGAAUUCUUCCCACUUCUAGCAGUGUCCGUCCUGCAGUAUGAGCAAUCGACACAACGACAAGCUGGGGACUGCCAAUGUCUCUGUUUUAAAUCUCCUGAUUCUGAAACUGGUCACAGGGACCAAAUACACGAGGAAACCCAUACCUAAACAUCUACCGUGUGGUUGUGCAACGAUAUUAGAAGGGCAUGACUGGAAAAAGUGAUUCAAUGACACGACUUGUUCGCCAAAGUUAUGUAAAGAUUGCUAUCCCCUGUUGUUCAUUAUUUGACAACAAAGAUGGUGCGAAUUUAUAAAGUCCACCUGUUUCCACUGUUGUACCAUAUUGCUUUACUUUACAUUCCCAG